GCUGAUAUUUUUGAAUGCAACAAGUUACUGAAAAUGUCGUAACCCCUGCCCUCGCCCUCCCAGAAGAAGACCGCUUCUUCCUGAAGAAGGAAUUCCACCUUCCCAGUAUAUCCGGUCACAGAGCAUCCGGUCUCGGCCUCGUGGCUCGUUUCAUUAGGGCUAGUUUCAUUGUGUCGUGUUGUGCUGGAAGCUAGUCGGCCGAUCAUCGGUGUGCGUUUCCUCUCGACCUGUGACCUGUGUCGAAGUCUUCUGGAACAUUUGGCUGCGAAGAGACGGCUUCUUUGCAAUGGCAAAGCAGUAUGCGGUGGUGAAUUUCACCGAGGAAGACCAUGUGUCCGCUGUGCCAAUUUCUUGGUUGGUGGUUGACGAGUGGAGUUGCCUGUGGCCAAAAGAUUUCGCCGGAUCCCGCCUCCUGGAUGCAAUUAGGGACAAGAUUGAUCCUGGCGCAAACUGGAAUCGAUACCCGGUUAGGGUACUGACACGAUGCAAAACCUACAAGAAGGCCCUCAAGAAAUCUCGGCUAGCCGAAGAAACAUCAACACUUGAAACGUCGGAGUUUUCAGCCCCGGAGGCCGAAACUCCUGAGGAUGUCUUCACAACCUAUGACGAUGCGCCAUCGCACCGUCUGGCCUUGCCCUCUCCACCGAGUGGUCUCACUGGGACCAGCUCGUCGGAGCAAGCCUCAUCGACAUCAUCUGGGCAAAGCCUGACCAGAGUGGACGGUGCCCUGGAGGCGCCUUCAGGUUCCAUUGAGGAACUCCCGGCAGGAGCUGGGAUGACGUUGGGGGCCUCAAAUUGUCCAGAGCAGUCUCCAAUAGUUAAGCUGGUGCUUGAGCUUCGGCUACAGAAUGGGGAGAUUUUGCGGCAGUUGGGGGCGAUGCAGCAGGACAUUAGAAACUUAAGUUUUAAUUUAUCGCAAAUGAAGGCCUCAAUGUCUGCUGCACCGCCUUCGCCGGAAAUGGCUCCAGAGCCGUCGCGGGCGCCCCUUCCGAAGCUGCCCGCGGCGACUAUGGAAGAAUUCAGGGAAUUGGAAAAUGCCCUGAAGGAUAAAGCUACAGCCACAGCCCUGCAGCUGGAGGUGGCUACGUGGGUCAGGGCAACUGACACGGUUGCCGAGGCCUGCCGAAGCCUUCUGGAAAGGGCCCUCAAGAAGGAGGUCCAAAUAAAAUUUAGCCUCCUGGGCCGGAAAGGCAAGCUACCUUUCCGGGGGACCCUCCUCUGCCACAUUGUGACAGAGACCAUCAAGAGUGCGAAGGCUGCCAAUGUGCCAGAUGUCGAAAAGGCCAUUGGCAAGUACCUGGCCGGUGCUGUGGACCGGGAGGGGGGCAGGCGCCAGAGGUUUUGCCGCCAAACAGAGGCCAGUCAACUGCCAACUGGCGAUGUGUGAAGUGCAAAA